AUGUCACUAUCGAAGCAACGCAUCUCCUCGCCUUUAGAGGCAGGACCCUCGAUUCUCGAUGCUUAUAACCUACCUUCUCACUUAACAGAAGCACUAGAGUAUACGUCGAAGAGACUUGCGAGGAAAGCCUUGCAUAUUACCCUAGUUGUUGUGCGGAAGGAAUAUCAACUCCCGAGCGUAAUGCCACCAUGUCCUACGCCGACUUCGCCUCCACCUACACCGGGGAUUAUGUCUCCACGGUUUGCUUCGCCUGUCAUAGGGCUGAGACAGCUGGUCCGAAGAGGCACAGGAAACUCGACGUCUAGCGUAUCAUCUACAACAUCAGACUCUUUACCUAGCACAGCUGUGUCGUCUCCGUCAUCCCCACCUCCACUGACGGAGCCACUUGUUAGCCCUCGUCGUUGGGUUGUGCCCCCAACACCUGGUACACCAUUUCCUCGCACGCCGAUGACACCCCAAACGCCAUCUAGUGUCCUUACAGCCUCCUCAACGACCUCCUUAACACAGGGGCCAAAUGAGUUUGGCAUUCGGCUAAUACACACGAGCUUACUCACUCCUAAGGCCGAGAAGACAUUACGGACCACUAUUCUUAAAGCGGAACGAAAGUUUCGUAUAGGUACGAGCUGGUUACCUCCAGCUGCUACUGCAUCCGCAUGCGGCCUAAACGAAGAUCUUGUUCGCAGAAGUAUGCUGCAAAACGAGGUGUUAUUCUCGUCUGAAGGCUUAACGUUACUUGGUCUCGACAGACUAUAUAGUUUUAAAUCAGCCCUUGCCGUCUAUGCGCGCUUCACAUACGGCACUACUACUACUUUACCCUCUCCCAUCUCACCCAUUACAAAGACAUUAGAUAGCACACGCCUCGAAGAUGCGGUAGAUGCAUUACGGCGUCUUGUCCUUGCCAAUGGUGGACGGCCUAUAUCAAAAUCAGAUCUCCUCCGGAGCUACGACUGGCUCGGGGUAAACGCGCGAGCGUUGAAAGACGUAGAGAAUAUGUAUAGGCGAGCAUACGGAGGCCCGGACCGAACCGGGGCUUUCGAAAUGAUUCACGAGGAACGGGAGCGGGAGACAACACCCGUGAUAAAACUCGGCGCACCGCCUCCGCCAAAGACACCCCCUAGAACACAGACAACACCUGUGUUGAAACUAAAUACGCAACUAGCAACCGCCACAACGACACGGAUAUUCAAGCCGACGGCCAAACUCGUGCCGCAAGUAGCGACACAAAAAGCCCCUACAGCAAUAGAUACGAAUAAGCGCUCAGCCGACAAACCACCAUAUAGUACAGGGGAUAUACAACAGGUAGAAAUCAAAAUCAACAGCUUUUUCUACGACGACGACGAUGACGACGAUGAUGAUGAUGACGAAAACAGAGAAGAAAACGGUGGGAAGCAAGACGACUCGGAGGAGGGAGACCGCACGGCCCGUCCAAUACCGGGCCUAGCGUUCUGGAACAGCGCCUCGAUCGACUCGAUGAUGAUGCUGUCGCCGCGCGAGAGCCAGCAGUCGCAGCGGCUGGGGCCGCUGACGCCGAACGGGUACGAGGACAUAUCGCCGGUGACGCGCGGGGAGUGGGGGUUUCUGUUUAAGGGGGAUGGGUGGCAGCAGGGGAAGACGGCGGCGGUGGAAACUUGUUAG